AUGCGGCUGUCCUUCGCACUGGCUGUGCUGCCUGCACCCGCACUUCACAGCCCUCGCGACCCCCUCGAGUCGGUGGCCGUACCCUACGCCGCGUCCCUCCGUAGCCUCUGCCUCGUCGUCACGAUCGCGGUCCUGCUCACGUCCGCGUACCUCCUGCCCCACUGGCUGCUGCGCUGUCUCAAGUGGCAGUCGCACCCGUCCGUGCUCUGGAGCGUCUCGACGUCGGCGCGCGUCUGUUCGCUGACAGUCGACGACUCGCCGUCGCCCGCGACGCCCGCGAUCCUCGACGUCCUGCGCGAUCACGGCGUCCGAGCCACGUUCUUUAUCAUCUCGGACUUUAUUCCCGGCAACGAAGAGGUGCUGCGACGCAUCGUGCGCGAGGGCCACACGCUCGCGAACCACCUCACGGAAGACCGCGCCAGCAUCCUGGACGAGCUCCACGUGUUUGAGCACAAGCUGCUGCAGUGCGACCGCGCGAUCGACCACUUUCAACCCGCAGCCGAUCAUGACGACGACGACGAGCUGCUCACGCCACUGAAGACGCAGCAGCUGUUGCCAGCACAGGGUCGACCGACGAAGGCGCGGCGGAAGGCGAACGCGACUAACGGGACAAGAGAAGACGACGCGGGUCGGCCGAGAAGCAAGUGGACGCGUCCAGCCUCGGGUUGGUUCACGACACCCAUGCGAGAGAUUCUGACGCGUCAUAAGUACCGCAUCUGUCUGGGCAGUGUGUACCCGCACGACGCGCAGAUUCGAUCGGAGACUAUCAACUCGAUCUUUCUGCGGGCGCGAACAAGCUGCGGGUCUGUGAUCAUUGUGCACGAUCGGUCGUGGACAAUCGGUGUCUUGAGGACAGCUCUUCCUGUGCUGACGCGCAGGUUCACGUUCGUGAGUCUAGACGAGCUCUUGUUGUAUCACGAGCCCAAACCUGAGAACAAACGGUAG